CAUUAGAGUUUUCUUUUUGAGAAUCAUUUCUUCUAAGUUUUUGAGCGUUUUGUUGUGACUAAGUAUCAGAGUCUCUCCAGGGACGGCCAUUCCGGACUUGUACGUCUUCACUAGUGCGCAUACACCUAUCUCGGCUUCACCUUCGGUCCGGUUACCAGAAGUUUUUUUUUUCAAUUUCCCUUUAUCUUGCUAUAUAGUUUUUUAAAACAUAUUCUAAUCUUAGUUACUCAACUUUCAUUUUAUUCAGUAAUUUUAGUUUUGAUUAUAAAUGGUACUCCAUAUAACAUUCUGUAAAUAAUAUUUCAUCCGUACAGUGCACACUUGGUUGGUGUAGCAUGGGCUCAAAUAAAAGUUAGUAGAUAUUGUGUUAAAUGAGCAAAGAAAUGACUCCGUUGUAAUUUUUUUAUGUUAGUUAAUGACAUGACAUUGAUAAAGGUAAGUCAUGUUGUGUGCUUUUUGAAGAGAUAGAAUAUAAAUUAAAGGGUUCAAUUUUAAAUUAAAGUUAAUUUUUUAACAUAAAAUUGUACUCCAGCACUCCCUUUGUCCCAAGGUAGAUGUCACACUUGGGAGAUAACACAAGAUUUUAGGAGAUGUUAUUUUGUGUGUUAAACGAUGAGAGAAAAUAUAAUUUUAUAAUUGAUGUGAGAUGAGUCUUUUUCCAAAAGAGAAAAUGUGACAUCUUUUAUUGGACAAACUAAAAGGAAAGUGUGACAUCUACUAUGAGACGGAGUGAGUAUCAUAGUUUAAAUCAAUAUGAAACUUUAUUCGACCAUAUUUCACUCUUUUUUGUAUACAGUAUUCAGAUUACAGAUGUUAUAGAGUCAUUAAUAUAAGAUGAGAUAAGCCCAAAAAGCUUGAAUCGAACCUCUAUAAAAUUGUUUACUCAUUAUUCGAUUUUCUUGUUCUAUAAGUUCAGAAUUUCAACUAAAAGUUUACUGAUCUGUAUGACAAUAAGUAACACUCCUUCCAUCCCAUAGAAACUAACUAAAUUUUUUUUCAUCCAUCCCAUUAAAAUAGUUCAUAUUCAUUUAUAGUUUUUUCCCCUUUCUAUGGCCCCACCAUCCACUAUAGUAUUUCAACUAUUUUUUUCUCCUUCUAUCUUAUUUUUACCAAUUGCACAUUAAAAUCAAUAUCGUCCCCAAAUAACUCAUUUCUAUGGAACAAAGGGAACACUGUUACAUUUUUUUACUAGCAAUACUUUAAGUAUUUUAUUUUUACAUUUCUCUUUUAUUUUAUCAAUUUUAAAUUAAAAUCCAUGUCCACGAGCUAGCUAUUUUCCGUUGACAGAGGGACAUAACAUGCUAAAAAGAUGUACAAUCUUCAUUGAACAUAUAUUAUAUGAUUAGUUUGUUGGAAAUGUUUGAUAGCUAGAAGGUAGUAAUACUGUUUACAUCAUUUAUGUGUAGAGAUAGUUAAGAAGAAGGCAUAAUGAUGAGGGAGAAGGAAAAAGAAGAGGAGGAGGAGGAGGAGGGGAUAAAGAGAGAGAUGGUGAAGCAUGGUAUCCACGGGCAUCCGCUUACUUUGGUGGAAAGCCGUAGAAGAGCUGCAUGUAGUGGUUGUGGAAGGCCUAUUAGUAGCGGAGAUCAAGUGUACAUGUAUGAAUAUCGGCACAACAACUUAUUCCUACAUGAAGAAUGCGCGGAACUGCCGAGAAAGAUGAGACACGCAUUGCACCCACAACACACGCUCACUCAAGAAUGGACCAAAGUUUACAAGUCUUGUUCAAUCUGCGCUUACACCAAUAUUCUUACAAAUGGAAUUAUGUACAGAUGUAGGAGCGCGGGGUGUAAGUUUGUGUUGCACUAUAGAUGCGUGGUGAAGGAUGCAGCCGCUUAUGAUUAUGAUGAGGAUGAGGAUGACAGAAGAACGAAGAUAACCCACCCGAGUCACCUCAAACAUGAACUGAAGUUGUUGAGGAGGGAUUGUUCCUUCAAGUGCGAUGCUUGCGGAACCACAAGCAAAGAGAGUUCCUACACAUGCACCGCAGAUGCUUGUCAAUACUGGAUCCAUGAGAGAUGUGCUUUCUUGCCUCAAACCAUCGACAGGGAAGACCACCAUCACAAACUCUCUCUCUCUUUUCGUGUCCCCCCUGAGUAUAUCAGAUUUAACUAUAAAUGUGAUGUAUGUAGCAAAUAUUUUAUGCCCGACUACUGGAUAUAUCAUUGCAAGCUUUGCAGAUAUGUUGUCCAUCUCAAGUGCGCCUUCAAGAAAUUGCCCCACUACACUAGAGGAAAGAAUGGUUGGAUUAUGGAGUUUCCAAUUCCAAGAAACGCUGUGGGUGAGGACCUAAUUGGAGCUUUUGUAAGGAGACAAGGAGUUGAAGCAUAUACACAACCACCCAUCCCUCAUCAAGAUGAUGUUGAUUAUGAGUUCCACCAUCACAAACUCACAUUAGUCUCAUCUUCAUCUUCAUCUUCAUCAUUUCAAGAAGAAAAAGAAGAAAAUGGUGAUGACGACGAUGAUGAGGAAGACUACUCUAGUAGAAAGUCGGAGUUAAUAUGUGAUGGGUGCAUUACUCCAAUAUUUCUGAAACAAACAUCAACUUCUUCUUGUUUAGGUAGUAGUAGUAGUAAAGAUAACUACUACUACUACAUGAGAUGUAGCAUGAGAUCGUGCAAAUACUAUCUCCACUUGGCGUGCUUCCACAUGCCACCUCAGCUCCCUUCUCUUCCUCUCCUCCACCAUCGUGAUCACAGCCUUGUCCUUCGAUCCGGUGACAAUCGUAAACCAUGGUAUCCGCAACGAUGCAGCGUCUGUGAUAAAGAAACGAAUGGUCUGUAUUAUGGUUGCACAAUAUGUAAAGAGUUCAAAGUAGAUAUAAAGUGCACUUCAAUGCCGGGCACCAUAUAUCACGCAGCUCACCCGAACCAUCUCCUCGACCUUCUCUCCAAAGACGAGGCUCGGAGCUUAGCUUACUUUAAAUGCGAUGCUGGGUGUGAUUCAAGGCCGGCUCUUAACGAAGCACCGUACAAAUGCAGAAGCUGUGAUUUCAUGGUGCACCUCAAAUGCGCAGGGCUGCCGGAAUCAGCCACCAGUCGUAGAUGGGACAAGCACCACCCGCUGCUGUUGACGCACGACGCCACUGUAAACCGUCCUGGUGAUUUCUACUGCGAUCAGUGCGAGCAAGAAAUGAACCCCAGGAGUUGGAUGUAUCGCUGCCGCAGCUGCGACGUAUCCUUCCAUCCGGACUGCCUCAAAACUACAUGCGGCGAGUAUAGAAACAUCAAGAUUGGUCAAAAAUAUGUGAUCAAGGAAGCUCACUGCCACACACUCACCUAUCAACUUCUCACUACAAAACGCAAAUGCAACACGUGUGGUAAGGAUAAGCACGAGAGGCCUGGAUUUUACUGUGCAUUAUGCAACUUUUUCAUUUGCUUCUACUGUUGGUUCUUUGAUUCUAGCAUAAAAUACUUCCUCCGUCCCGAGGCAGAUGUCACACUUGUGUGAUCAUAUGGAGUUUUAGGAGAUCGCUUGUUGUUUUGUUUGUUAAAUGAAAAUAAAAAUAUAUUUUUAUAUAUUAAUUGAGAUGACACUUUCAGAAAUCAAAUACUCUAUCCUG